UUUUGCCGACGCCGAAAUUUGUUUAAUUUUAUAAUAAUUUAAUUACCUGUUGAUGAAGAUGGCCGAAGCCGACGAUGGAGCUGAGUUGCUCUUUUUUGACACGUUUUCCCAUGAAGAAGUUAGCGACAUCAAUUUGGAUUUGGUUCAAUUUCCUAAGCCAGUGUUUAUAACCCAGGUGAGAAUUAUACCACUGGGCGCUCGAGUACAAGCGGAUUUUCCUGGUGGCGUUCGUCUUGGAGCAACAAAUCCCUCGAAAUUCGACUUGGAGUUCUUUGUGAAUGAUUUGGGAAUGCCGGGAGCAUCGGCAUUUGAGAACUUGGGAAUAUUGCGAUAUAAUCAAAAUGAUUGUAUACACUUGGACUGCUCGCAGGAAAAGAUUCCGACAGAUGGCUUGGUUUUGCGAGGAUGGUAUAGUACCAUUACUUUGGCUGUCUAUGGCAUUUUGACUAAUUCGGUGACCGAACCGAUAGCCAGUCCAACAAUGCAGUGUGAACCAGCUAGGCCAGAGUUGUGCCAAGAGUUAUUGCAGGACGAGGUCCUCAAGGACGAGGGAUGGCCUGAGCCGAUACCCAGCGAACAAAUGAUAGCAUCGAGUCAUAAGGCAAGUGUUAGUGACUACGAGCAUGAGGACUUGGAUUAUAGUCUAUCGCGCGAACAUUACCACCAACAUGCCGAAGAAGAGCAGCAGCAACAGCUUCUGCGCCGUCUGAGACGUUCCACUCGCUCCACGGAUCAUUCUCCCCCGCCCAUGCGUACCCAUACCCACUCAGAGAGCAAUGAAAGAGAAUACCUCAGAUGUCCUAGGGAGAAGCCCCCUCGUGAUUGGUCACGUUCACCCGAGUAUUCAAGUCACCGAUCACGUCGCAAGCGCUCAGACCGCUCCCGCUCAGAUGCCGAUGAACAUAAAUGGCCACGCACUCCUCCAGCCUCCAUAGAUUCACCGGCACGACCAAGAUCGCCUGACACCAUGGACUACGAUGAUGAUGAUUCGCGGUCCCACUACAAGAUUUCCUCUUCCCAUGGAUAUAGGCACUCAUCUGAAUCGUUGCAUCGGGAACGUGAUGAUGAGGAAAGAUCAGGCACUCCGCAAGAGCAAUUCGAACCCAUUCUGAGUGACGAUGAGAUUAUGGGAGAUGACGAUGAGCCUGAGGACGAUGGGGUCGAUGCUGCAGCAGCUGCGGAGUACGAGCGCGAACUGGAAGUCGCAGCUGCAGCUGCCCCGCCUGCCAUUGACGCAUUUGAACCGUGGCAGCGACCUCUUUUGGUUCAUCAAGGUGAUUUGUGCAGUUUUUACAGUAAGGAGUUGGAGACAUUGCGUCUGCUCUUCAAGAAGCUUUCUGUGCAGACCCGUUGUGAGCAUGUGGGUGCCUUUAAUGAAGAGCACGGACCCGUCAGCGUGGAUGAAAGAGAACAGUUUGUGUAUCUUGGCGAACAAUUGAACAAUCAACUGGGAUAUUUAUCCCAGCAGCAUAAAAGAAGACACUUUGUGCUCCAUCAGUUCUUUAAGAACGAUGAUCAGCACUUACGUCAGGCGGCAAACAUUUUGCAAAUUGCUCUAAGUUUUCAGGCGGCUUGUCAACAGCCGCAGCCAGCAUUUAAGAUUCGUCACAUAAAACUGGGGGCCCGGAUGACAGAACUAUUGGGUAGCAGUGAGGAAUUGAUUCGUUACCUUAUUAAAGAGCACAAAUUCGAUCCCUUCGAGGCAGUCUUUAGGCUCUACCAGGAGCCCUACAUGGCGUUAUCCAUUAAACUGCAGUUACUCAAGGCUGUCUAUUCCAUGCUGGAUACCAGACUGGGCAUCCGACACUUUCUUGAUUCAAAAACCAGUGGCUACCAAUUGAUAGUGGAGUCCAUCAAAACGGCCAAGCUUACCAGAACGAAAUAUGCCUUGCAGGCAAUCAUCAAGAAGCUACAUCUCUAUGAGGCUCUGGAGACAGUGCAUGAUGGUUGCCGCCAACUUUUUGUGGAAGGGGAGAGAGAGGAUGACAUGAAGACACGAGCUGAGAUCAGUAAAAAGAUUGAGUAUGCUUUCGAGAUGGUCAUGGACGCCUUGACGGCAAGUCAAUUGAGUUUUCUGCAGCCACGCCGCUUUCUUCCAGUGUCCAAGAAGUUUGAGGUGAUCACCGAUCCCGCCGCCCAACGCAGUUUCGGGAAUGCUCUGCAAUCCUUUUUUAUUCAGCAUUCUUUGGCUGAAUCUUUGUUGUUGAUGCUCAGCAGUUCCAAAGAUCUUCCGCCUACAACAUUCUUGUGCACCUUGGAUAUGAUGCAUACUCUGCUGAAAUCUCACGUCGGCAUAGACUACUUUGUGGACAAUGCGUUUGAGGUGACACAGUUAAUAGUAUCCAUUUUGUUGGGAUUAGAUGAAGUGCCAGCUGAAAUAAAGCCAAAGGAAGUUAUUAAAGCCGAGGUAAAGGAAGAGAAAAAGGAGGAUCAGCAACAAGUGGAAGUAAAGUCUGAAGAAGAGAAAGAAGCGUCUAAGGAGACAACAGCAGAAGCAGCGGAUAAAGACGAUAAGAAGGAAAAGGAGGGCGGUGAUAAAACAGAUGUGCCUGUUUCUGCACUUAAAGAAGAGUCAGGAGAACCGAAUGCUGCACCUCAACCCUCUCAGGUGUUGCCUGCUCCCGUCCAAAUGCAGAUGCAACCUAUUAUGCGUCCUGUUUCGCCUCGUCUGGCUCGCCUGGGCAUUGAACUUGCCUACAAAGUGCAGACACGUUAUCACUUGGAUGCUAUUGUCUUUUCAUCCACUUCAACCGACUAUGAUCCCAUUAAACUGGCCACCCACAUGCAUUCCAUUUACUCGCAAACUUGCGAUCCAGCGGGACGUCAACACACAGUGGAAGUGUUGGGUCUAAAUAACAAUCUGAAGAUUUUCAUGGACUUAAUUAAGAAGGAGCAACGUCUGCAGACCCAGCGACAGCUGAGUUCGCCAGGCACCAAAUACAAGAGUCCCGUCCUAAGUUAUGCCGUAGAUAUGGUCGAUGCCUGUGUGCGGUAUUGUGAGCAGUUGGAUUACCUUAUCGAACAUGGUGGAGUUAUCCUGGAGCUGGCCAAAAAUCAUGAAACCUUCGAACCGUCCGUAUCGGCUGUGUUACAGGAAAUGUAUGUGUACAUGAAGCCCUUGGAAGCCAUCAAUGUGUUUGUCUACGAUGACAUAAUGCCCCUGGUGGAGGUGAUCGGACGCUCUUUGGAUUAUUUGACCACAUUCCCUGGAGAUCUGAUCAUGGCUUUGCGGAUCUUACGAUUUCUCUCCAUUAGCAAAGUGCCCGUCAAGUCCAGUACUCAUUCUACCACCGAGGAGCUUAAGCAUCGGUUUGUCUCCCUUCAACUGUAUGCGGCGGAUGGUGUACAACUGAUGAUCCAAAUUCUGGAGCGGCUCUGCACAUAUUUCGAGCAACCUGGCAUGCAUGCUCCGGCUCUGAUGACAAUCCAAGGGGUCCACUGCUGCCAGAUUAUGCUGCCCACUUUGCGCAUAUUACGCGAAUUGCUCUCCUAUGCCAUACUAUGUCGCGAUGGCACCUACAAGGACCUAACUGCAAUCGAUCAUCUUGUAAAGGUUUAUUUUCUGCUUUACUAUUAUCCCACCCGUUGUCAGGCCGGUGCCGAGGUCGAGCAAUGUAAACUGGAGGUGGUUCAAACUCUUUUGGCUUAUACCCAGCCUACUGAACAGGACGAGGAGUCCUUGCACAAGUCACUCUGGACUCUGAUGAUUCGUGAGGUGUUAAAAAACAUCGAUGGACCAGCGAAUUUUAUUCCAGGUCUUAAGCUUUUGGCCGAGCUGUUGCCCUUGCCAUUGCCCAUGCCGCAGCCUCUAUGUGAUCAGUUGCAGCAACAGCACAAGCAGCGCCUGAUUACCGAGCGUAAGCUUUGGUCUGCCCAUCUGCAUCCACAGAGUGGACAAAUCGCCAAGCUUGUGGAGGCCUUGGCCCCUUCGAGUUUCCCCCAGCUUUCGGAGUUGCUGCAACGGGUGUGCAUGCAAUUAUCAGAUCUGGCACCCAAUAUGACUCUACUGAUAGCAAAGACAAUAACGGAAUUGCUGUGCAAUGAAUAUCAUGGCUCCAAUUGCAUACCAACUACAAACUUGGAGCGUCUUCUACGCUUCUCAACGAGACUUUGUGCCUUUGCCCCGUUAAAGAGUUCCAUGCUGUCGAUAUUGUCGGGCAAGUUUUGGGAACUCUUUCAAUCGCUGCUUGCCCUAAAUGAGUUCAACGAGGUGGUCUCAAAUUGCCAAGAGGCAGUGCAUCGUAUAUUGGAUAGUUUUCUGGAUUCAGGAAUUUCGCUUAUUUCGCACAAAUCCAUGGCACAGCCAACUCUUAAUCUGGCUGCUGCUUUGCCGCCCAAGGAGUUAAUUCCCCGAGUCAUAGAUGCGGUCUUCAGUAAUUUGACGAGUGUGGAGGUUACCCAUGGCAUCUCUAUACUGGCUGUGCGCAAUUUGGUUAUCCUGACGGAGCACGAUUUCACGUUUUAUCAUUUGGCCCAGUUACUAAAACAAAAGAUCACCGAGCUGCAGGCGUGGAUGGAACGUGUUAUCCUGCAUAAUGAGACAGUGGAAUACAAUGCCAAUAUUGAAUCUCUAAUUCUACUUCUGCGCUCCCUGACCCAAAUUGAGCCUCCACCGUCCAUGACUGCUAUGCCGCAACGUACUCUAAAACUGGGGGCCAAUGAACUAGCUCAAUUGGUUGAGUUUCAGGACAUUGAAUUGGACAAGCCUCCGGUUUUGACCCGUAUUCUUAGUGUUUUGGAGAGGCACAGGGCCGUGGCAAAUGAGGCAGCCUUGCGUGAUCUAAAGCAACUUAUAGUAUUGCACGCGUCCAAGCAGGAUGCAGCACACAGUGCGGUCGAGAUGAGCAGCGAAUUGGAGUCAGGUGCUGAGACUAAUCCGACUGCAACGGGAGCUGUGCCCGCAGGAGGGGCAUCUCUUAACGUGGAGCCCUACUUACCGCAAGCCGAGGGCAUUGUUACCCAAUAUGAGGCAAGGCCCAUAUUCACCCGCUUUUGUGCCACCGCCGAGAAUGUGCAAUUGACCGCACGUUAUUGGCUGGAACCCCUGCCAAUUGAGGUUAUUGAGGAUAUGAAUGAACCUCUGUACGAGCGCAUCGCCUGUGAUCUUACCGAUUUGGCCAAUGUGUGUCUGAAUCCCGAUUUGAAUCUCACAGGAGAUUGCAAGCGUGUCCUGCAUCUAUCCGGAUCGCCACAGUCCAACCGGGAGAUGACACCGACAGCUCCGUGUUUCCGUACUCGGCGAGUUGAAGUGGAACCCACCACUGGUCGCCCUGAGAAAAAGAUGUUCGUCUCUGCUGUACGAGGACGUGGAUUUGCUCGACCUCCUCCGUCACGUGGCGAUCUCUUUCGUUCCCGACCACCAAAUACUUCGCGACCUCCCUCCCUGCACGUUGAUGAUUUUCUCGCAUUGGAGACUUGUGGUGCCCAACCUACUGGACCCACUGGCUAUAAUAAAAUACCUUCAAUGCUAAGGGGUUCCCGCGUGGGACGUAAUCGCGGCUCACGAAUUUCCGCAGCGGCUGCCUUUAGACAAAAGAAACUAAUGCGCAUAGGAUCACCGUCGGGAUGGUCCGAGUCCGGCCCUGGAUCAUCUUACCGGUCCGGUAAUCAGGAAUCGCAUUUCAACAAUAGCGAGUCGCAUUACUCCACGCCACACUAUUUGGGAAGGUCUCGCGGUCGUGGUCUUCGCUCCAGACCUCCCUAUCUACGAUAGAAAUAUAUGUAACUCUAAUAUAAGACUAAAUUGGGCUAAAUUGGCUGAUCUUAGGCAAUUAAUGUCUUAAGCAUAAAAAUACAAUAUCAAGUGUUUGUAAUUUUUCGACUUGUAUAAUCUAAAGCUUAUUCGGCGUCCGCUAAGCAUUUUGUAUAAAGAUUCUGAUUUGUGUGUA